ACUGGAAACUAAAACUGUCAUAGUAAGCGAACGAAGGAAAAAUUAAAUUGUUAUACAUACAAACAUUUGACUUGCAAGUGGAAAAACUACCAAGAAAGUGGCAAAAAUGGCUACUCUGAAUAAACCGAAUUUUAUGGUUUAUUUUCUUAAAACUACCGAAGUAGACAGAGUCAAGUGUAAACUUUGCAAUAGAGAGUUAAAGUCAAAACGACUCUUCAAUUUAAAGCAGCAUUUACUAGUUAGACAUCAAUUAGAGUUUCGUCCAACAAAACGCAUAUAUACAAAAACCCCAAGAAAACCACCUCCACCAGUCCCUUCAAUUGAUCUUGAGAAUGCCUCGUCUUCUUUCAAAUAUGACGAACAUACUACAUUGGAGAAUAGGACAGCAGAAAGUGGAAAUAAUUUUUCCGAUCUAAAUGCAACAACAUUGGGUUCAAACGAAACCUUAAGCAGGGACUCAUUUUCAAUACUACCAACAACAACGAUUGUUCCCGAUACUAUUAAAGUAAAAGUAGAGGAAGAAGAUUUUGAACAUGACAUGACUACAGAGAAAGAAGCAGGAACUACGUUUGAAGGCAAUAAUUCAGACGAUGAAACUAUUUACAACAUUGCACAGAAUGCAGCUUUACAAAAUCUUUCAACUCAACAUUUACAAACGGACAACUUUGCUGAGCCUUCAUCAAUAAGACCAAAUAAACUAGCCAGCAGCAGCUUUAAUGAUUCUUAUCCCUUUACAUUUAAAGAACCACGCCGCAAGAAGAAAAAGACUGCAAUAUCUUCAACGGAUAAUAGGCAAACAAUGCCGUUAGAUCCUCUAGAUGAUAAUACCUCUUCAAGUAAAACUGAUUACUUUGAACAGUGGGCAAAUAAGAAAAAACAAUUAUUGGAAAUAGAAAUGCUUGAAAUGAGAAAUUAUAAAUUUAAAUUAGAGCUAUGGGAAAAGGAGCAACAAUUGACGGUCGCUAAUUCAAAAUUCACCAAGGAUAUUAAACUGAAAAGUGCUGAAGAGUAAAUUUAAAAAAAAAAAAUUGUAUCUUUUUAUAUAAAAAAGCUUCAUAGUGUUGAAAUUAACAAUAGAAAAAUGAUUUCUUGCUGUAAUUGACUUAUUAUCCCAAAAAUUGAGA